AUGAUAAAAUCGGAGUAUAACCACUCCAAGAGUGUUAAAAGUGAAAAGGACGAAUAUGAUGUUGAGCAUCAUGAAGAAAUACCUAAUAAGAAAGGAUUUAUGGAUAAUGGGUAUAAGAACUUGUUCUAUGGAGGUGUCUUGCUAGGCAUAUUGGUUUGGGGUACAGCAUUCUUAAUAUUAACAAUAUCUAGAUUUCAACAAAACCAAAUAGCCACAUUACGAAUAGAAAGUUACUUAAAAAAGAUUUCACCUCCAUUAUUGAAUAAUGGUAGUGAUAAGCAACUAAACUUGAACAGGCCGCUUUCUUUUGAUAACGGUAAUAAGGUGUUAUUAAACUUUUCAGCCGUACGGGAUGGGUUAUUCAAACCGCACUAUAAGGAAUUACAAUGGAUAAGGGAGCCGGAAUCUAUCAAUAACGACAAGGGUACCUAUGUUUUGAAAGAAGAGAAUGAAGAUGAUACUAGAUAUCUAAUUAAGUCUAUUAUUGAUUCCGGCUACCAGUAUACUUUGUACAACGAUUCAUCGUUUCAAUAUAAUAACAUCAUAUAUGACAUAGACAGUUUAACAGCGUCGCCAGAUUUAACAAAAGCUAUUCUUAAAACCAACACUACCCAAAACUGGAGACAUUCAUCGUUCGCUAUAUAUUGGACUUUAGAUGUGGCGUCUAAUAACAUAAAGCCAAUAUAUAACGAAGAAGAUAAACUAUCAAUCACGAGUUGGUCGCCCACUUCGUCGCAUGUGGCAUUUGUUUAUAAACAGAAUAUUUAUAUUAAAUAUCUCCAAGAUGGCUAUAUUGAACAGGUUACGUUUGAUGGAAGCUCUGAUGUUUUGUAUGGCAUUCCGGACUGGGUUUAUGAGGAAGAAGUUUUUUCUGGUGACAGCGUUUUAUGGUGGUCUCCAAAAGGUGAUAAAUUGUCGUUCUUGAAAACUAACGAUACUUUAGUUCCAACAUUUUCCAUACCGUAUUAUGUACAAGAGAAUUAUGAAGAUUACCCUGAAUAUAGAAAAAUAAAAUAUCCAAAAGCUGGUUAUGCAAAUCCUGUUGUGGACCUUGUUGUGUAUGAAUUAAAUUCUGUCGCAAAACGACUGACUGAUAAUAUUAAGGUUAUGGGCUUUGAUUUAAGUGAAAUUGAAGACAGGCUUAUAACUGAGGUUAUUUGGGUUUCGGACAAUUUCCUAUUGGUAAAAAUUAGCAAUAGAGCAAGUGAUGUGUUAGAGAUUUAUCUUGUAACUGCUGACACUAAUAAAUCUAAGUUAGUUAGGAAGCAAAAUGCCAAAAAUUCGUGGUUUGAAAUCACAUCUAAUACGUUGUACGUUCCAAAAAACCAGUCUUUGGGUCGUAUAAAUGAUGGUUACAUUGACACUGUUGUUAUCGAUGGUUACAAUCAUUUGGCAUACUUUUCACCUCCUGAAAAUCCUGAUGGAAUAGUUUUGACCAAAGGGCAAUGGGAAGUAGUGGAUGGUGUCGCCUCAUUUGAUUAUAAUACUAAUGAAAUAUACUUCAUUAGCACUUUUAAAUCAUCUAUCGAAAGACAUAUACAUUCUGUGAAUUUAUAUGACUCUAUUGUUAAUCAACAGGAAUUACCUGUUAUUAAAAACGUCACCGAUAUUUCAAAUGAGGGUUGGUAUUCAGGAUCUUUCUCGUCUGGGUCGAGAUAUUUGCUACUCAAUUAUCAAGGUCCAAAGGUACCGUAUCAAAAGUUAAUUGAUUUACAUGAACACACGGAUAUUAAGAGUAUUGAAUCUAAUGAGGAAUUGUCAAAUAAUUUAAAAAACUACGUAAUCCCUGAAGUCAGAUACAGCGUCGUCAGUUUAGGUUAUGACGACAUAUCGGGUGAAGAAAUCAAGGCUAAUGCAGUCGAAACUUUACCAUUAAACUUCGACCCAAGCUACAAGUAUCCAGUCUUAUUUUUUGUUUACGGGGGACCAGGAUCUCAGUUAGUCACUAAAAAUUUUGCAAUCUCGUUCAGUUCUGUCGUCGCGGCCGAAUUGGAUAGUAUUGUUGUCACAGUUGAUGGACGAGGUACCGGAUUCAACUCUUAUAAUGAAAAAAUGGGAUCUGACUUCAAAUUUGUUGUCAGAGACAAGUUGGGCCAUUUUGAACCUUUAGACCAAAUAGCUGCAGCAAAACUCUGGAGCCAGAAACCCUACGUUGAUCGUCUGCGGAUUGGUAUCUGGGGUUGGUCGUAUGGAGGAUUCCUUACAUUGAAAACCCUUGAAACCGACUCCGAGGACCAUAUCUUCUCGUAUGGUGCUGCCGUUGCUCCAGUAACAAAGUGGAAGCUUUACGAUUCUAUCUAUACAGAAAGGUACAUGAGAAAACCCCAGGAUAAUCCACAGGGUUAUCAGAUUGCGUCCAUACACAACGUCACCAACUUUGCUAACGUAGACCGGUUCCUUAUUAUGCACGGUUCUGGUGAUGACAACGUCCAUUUUCAAAAUUCUUUGAAACUUAUUGACGACUUCAAUUUGGAAUCAAUUGAAAAUUUCGAUUUCAUGGUAUUCCCUGACUCUGACCACUCUAUAAGGUAUCAUAACGGAAAUAUCGUCGUCUAUGACAGACUUCUAGAAUGGUUAAAAAAGGCCUUUACUGGUCACUUUGCACGUAUAUAG